AUGGCAGGGCAGAUCCUGCAUUCCCUUCUUUUCCUCGCCGCAUUGGCUCCCUCAGUACUCGCCCAGGUUGAGUGUGGCGGAGGUGUACAAUGCCCAUCAGACACACCAUGCUGCUCGCAAUAUGGCCAAUGUGGUGUUGGCGCCUACUGCCUCGGAGGAUGCGACCCCGUCAAUUCGUUCAGCCUCGAUUCCUGCGUACCUGCACCCGUGUGCAAGUCCAAAACUUAUGAUUUCAGUAACCUCGACGGCAUCGUUCCCAACACCAAGUACCUGGGCGAUGCCUCCACCGCCGACUGGGUUUCCUCGGGCGACCCCUUGGAAUAUCAGGACUCUGUGCUUUUGACUAUGGCCGAAGGGACUGUGGGAACGUUAUUGACCAGCACAAGACAUGUCUGGUACGGCAAAGUUGGCGCCAGAUUCUCUACUUCUGCCGGGGCUGGUGUGGUCACGGCGUUUAUUCUUCUCGGCAACUCCAAGGACGAAAUAGAUUUUGAGUUCGUUGGUGUUGAGCUGGAGCAGGCGCAGACCAACUUCUACUCCCAGGGUGUGCCAGUUUAUACCAACGGCGGCAAUGUAACCGGCCUGUCAGACGUCCAUGCCAACAUGCACGACUAUGAAAUCGACUGGCAGCCCGACUCGAUCACCUGGUCAGUCGACGGCAAGGUAGUCCGCACACUUGACCGUGAAGACACAUGGAACGCCACCGCGAACCGCUACUACUACCCCCAAACACCGUGCCAGGUGCAGCUGUCACUCUGGCCUGGCGGUCUUCCCACCAACGGCAAAGGCACCAUCGACUGGGCGGGCGGUCUCGUGGAAUGGGACUCACAGUAUAUGACUAACGGAUAUUACUAUGCUCAAUUCGACUCCGUCUCGGUGGAAUGCUACGAUCCACCUUCUGGUGCGAACGUCCAAGGCAGCAAGUCUUACAUUUUCACUGACCCGAGCAUGACCAACCUCUCUGUCGAGGUCACCAAUGACAACACCGUUCUGAAAUCAUUCCUCGGGACCGGCACCAACAUGUCCGCCGGGAGUAACACCGCCAGCUCAAGCGGCUCUUCGAAGACCAGUGAGGUCGCUACUAUCCCGGGUCUUUCCGGCGGCGGCACCGGUUCCAACGGUGGCCGAGGCGACAACAGCACGGAUAGCAGCAGCAGUGGCUCUGAUGGAGGCUCGGGUAGUGAUUCAAGUGCAACCGCGAGCUCGUCAGGGGCUGCGUCAACAGGCUUCGUUCAGGGCAAUGGCGGUGAUGGCUCGUCCAACGGCGCAGGUUCAGUCGGUGGGAACAGUGAGAAUCUGCUCAAGGGCAGCUUGUUUGCUGCGAUUGUUGCUGUCGUGGGACUUUGCAUUAUGUGA